AUGCAUGAAUGCUACAAACACCAUACAGCCUGCUCUCCCCCACUAACCAAAUUUGGUACUGGUUUCAGAUUUGGGUCUCUGCCUUGGAUACCGAGAAGGCGAGCUCUGAACCUCAGCGUGGUUCCUGAGAAUGAGCCUCUGGACUCUGACACAGAGGCUGAGAACAACCUGGUGGAACGCAUCAAGUCCAUCAAGCAGGAGAAGGAGGACUUGGCCUGCCGACUUCCAGAGAUGGAACAGCCUGGUUCAGAUCAGGAGAACCUGGACUCUGAAGCCUCGCUGAGCUCCGAGAGUCUAUUGGACGAGCAGCAGCGAUCUUCUGUCCCCAGCUCAGAACUUGAAGGUCAGUAUUAG